GUACAACUAUUCCAAAGCACUGAUAGAAAUGUCAAAUCUUACAGCACGGUUAUUUUCUUCCUCCAGUGAAAGUGAAUUCUUGAAUUGAAAAUUAUCCUAUCAUAAUGAACAUUGUGGGGAGGUUGAUUCGCACUGCUGUACAAAUUAGGCCUGCAUUUGCUAGCUCUAUCGGUUCUCACUUGCCGGCAACGCAUUCACAGUAUUCCACUAAAGCACCUUCGGCUGGAGCCUCUGAUGGGGUAGCGGGUAAGGCUAAAAAACCCAAAACAUCGCCAAAAGUGACCCUAGUCAGUACCGAUCAAUCCGUGUCGAUAGUGAGUUUGGAAGAGGCUGAAAAAAUCUCCAAGCGAAGAGACCUCAAAUUGGUGAAAAUGGUGGAUUUGGAACUGAAGACCCAAAGACCGGUUUACAAAUUAAUGACUAGUGCAGAAUAUUUGACAGAAGAUUUGAAGCGUCGGGAAGAAAAGAAACGGAACAGAGAAGCAGCAGCUAUCAAAGGAGACAAAUUACUAUCGAUUAGCGCUCGCAUUUCAGAGCACGACUUGAACUCGAAGAUACAGCACGUUAUAAAAUGGUUGAAAAAAAGCUACGAGGUUCGAGUUGUUAUAUCGCCGGAUGGAGAAAAAUCCAAACAGGAGUCAAUUGCUACUCGCAUCGAACAAAGCACCAAGGAAGUCGGAAAUGUCGCACAAAAACGUCUGAAAGAUAAUAAUGUGAGAUUUCAGAUUUUACCAGCUAGCGUUACUAGCAGCGGCAGCAGUACUGGUGAGAGUGGUAAGGUUGAAAAAUCACCUCCUACGAAGUCUUCCCAGAAAACGGAACUGCUAGAUACAAAGCAAAAUUCCUCGCAAACUGUGGGUCACGAUAAAUCGCAUUCAGUAAGAGCAUUUCACACCAAACGGAUGCUGGCAUGACAAUUAAAGCCUGAGAACGAUGAACUGCCACACGCAAGGCAUUGCCGCGAUAAGGUGAAGGUCUUGAAACCGGUAGCUUUCAUUGGGACACUGCUGCUGCUAAAGUAUGCUAUCUGGACGUACAUUUUGCGGGAUUCGACACGUAAGAGAUGACGAUAUUUGUCUCGAGUUUUUAAAUAAAUAUGUUUUCUUGAUUGAUCGAAAUGUAAUAUGAAUUGUUGGAAUGUUAUGCUUAUUGAAAAUUAGAUCAUAGUUUUUAAUACAAUCGUGAAACUGUAGAAUAUUAGCAGCCAAUACUAGUUCGCUA